AUGAGCAUGUGUUCUGAAUCCCCUAAACCAUCUGACAGUCAAACCAAGCACCAUGGGUCAGGGAGGUGUUGGACAAAGGAAGAAAGCGAGUUGUUGGAGAAACAUCGGGAUGAGUACAGAGAGGCCGGUGACUCAGCUUGUGCCAACUUAUUGUCUGAUGUUUUGCAAAAAAUGCUGGACAUACUCCCCAAUGGAAAGAUGUUCAACAAGGAGGAGAGAACAGCUGUUAAUAAGACAUCAAGGCUUGGUUUGGGCGGCACAGUCACAAAAGAAGCCAAAAAAUGCCAAAGUUGGGCUACCAAGCUCUGCAUAGAAGCCAACCAAGCCGGUGAGACCCAGCCUAAAGGGGGAGAAAGGACUCAUUUUGAUUUUCAGGAGCAGGUGGUCACUGCUAUGAUGGAGAAACUUACAAAGAAAGAGGUAAAAAGGUUGGAGAGGACGGCCAAGGAGUUCAACAAGAAGGGGGUGGACCCCAAACUCAAGUCAAAGUUGGCCAUGAAGAACUGCACUGCUUGGAUGCAUGCCUUUUCCAAGGAGAUUUAUGACACAAUGGGUGUCCAGGUCUUUAUAUUUGGCUGUUACCUGAAACCUGAUGGUACUUUGGACGUCUCAACCUACGACUUCAAUCAAGAACUGGGCAAUGGAAAGGACUACAUCAAUAGCCAAGGCCAGAUAAAUAUUGCAGCUGGGCAGCAAAAGGGAUCAGCUCUGUGGACAGCUAUUGGAGCAAAGUUAUCCAACUUUGUGGAUGAGGAACACAUACCUGAGGCUUGGAGAGCAGUAACCUCAGAGGGGGAUAACCUUUACAAGUUUCUCAAUCCCUCCAAAUUUCUGAUGGAGAUGGGAAAGAAGCUCAGCAAAAGCAAGGGUCAAAGGAAAGGCUGGGCAACAACCGAGUUGUUGUCAGAUGAGGAAGCUACAGUUGGGAAGGGAAGGAAGCCUGGCAGAAGCAAGGGAAAGACUGAGUCCAGAACGAAAGGGAAGAAACCCCAAGAUCAAUGGGACUCUGAUGUGGAGGAGGAGGAAGCUUGGCCAGGCAUGGCAAAAGGAAGGCCAAUCUGCAGGGACUCUCAGCCGACCAAGAAGAAGGCAGCUGACUUGGAUGUGAAGGGCAAGCCCAGGUCAGUCAAGGAAGCUUGGCCGAAACACAAAGAUCAAUGGGACUCAGACUCGGAUGUUGAGAAGCAGGAAGUUCGGCUGACCAACAAGAAACCAGUCAACUUGCAUGUAAAGACCACAACAAAAGGGGAAGAUCAAGAUCAAUGGGACUCCAAUGUGGGAGAGGAGCAAGCUUGGCCCAACAGGACAAAAGCAGUGAAGUUCAAAGGGUCAGAAGAAGCAGCUCAGAAAGAUCAAUGGGACUCUGACUCAGAUGUUGAGAAGCAGGAAGUUUGGCCGAUCAAGAAGAAAGCAGCCACAAAGAACAACUUCAAUGUCAAGGGGACAGGAACCGAGCCUGGUUCAGAUGAAGAAGCUCGGCCAACGAAGAAGGCAGCCAACUUUGAAGGAACCAAGCCCGGGUCAGGGACAGUAACCGAGCCUGGGUUAGAUGAUGAAGCUCGGCCAACAAAGAAGGCUAUUGAUAUCCUGAAACCUAAAGCAAAGCCAGGACCCAGUGAAAGCUUUUGGGAAAUGGACUUGGCAGAGCCAUUGGGUGGACGUGGGAUGAAAAGAAAAUACAGUGAUGAUGAAGAGGAUGCCCUCCCCAACAAGACUUCUCGGUUGGAGGCUGGUUACAAACUUGGCCCCAAAAACAGCCGACCUGGCAAAAUCAAGAAGGCUGCUGGCUCCCCUGUCAUGCAAGAUGUUUCCAUUGACAAACCAUCUACCGAGGUCGAUCCACAUGCUGGUCGUGGCCCAUCAACUAACAUUGAUUUAGUCAAGUUGGCCAUGGCUAACCCUGUCAAGGCAAAACCUAAACCUUGA